AUGAAGAGCCUCUUCACCUUUCUGUUCCUGGUGGUCUCCGUCGCCCUGGCUGUCGAGGGUCCCAGGCUUUCCCCUGGCACCAGUGGCUCCGCUCUCAGCCGUGGGGGCAAGGGGGGGGAGCUGAAGGAGUUACAAGGCCCCCCCUCCGCCUCUCUCUUUCAGGUGCAGCCCCCGAACCCACCCCCCAGAGACCAGAAUGUGGAUCCGGGGCCCAACUCCUGCUGCUUUGACUUCGUGAGACGCCCCAUCCCACUGAAACUCUUGAAAUCUUUCUACUACACCAGCGGGAGAUGCAGCAAGGCUGCCGUCGUGUUCGUGACAAAAAAAGAUGUAAAGAUGUGCGCCGAUCCCUCAGAGCAAUGGGUCCAGGAUCGCAUCCGUGACCUCAGCCCACACUAAACGUUUUCCGUGCGAGGGGAGAGCAAGACAACCCCUCCUCUUGGCAGACGCCCAUAAUCAAAGGAGAAAAAAAAAACAUUAUUAAAGGGAGUGCUGUAACCUGAA